AUCUCUCUUUUGCUUUCGCUUUCCUCUCUCUGUUUCUCUCCUCUCUUCUUCUUUUCUCCUUCUCCAUGCUUUUCUAAUUGCAAUAGCUGGAAAUGGCAGUAGAGUUGCUGAUGGGUUGCAGAGGCGAUGGUUUUUCAACCAAAGUAGAGGAAAAUGCCGUGGAAGAAGCCGCUUCUGCAGGCCUACAGAGCAUGGAAAGGCUUAUAAGGCUUCUAUCUCAAUCCCAGCAGCAGCAGCAGCAACAGCAGCAAUACCAGACGACCUCCGACGCCAAAGCAGCGAUGCAGAUGGAGAUGGACUGUACGGCCGUUGCAGAUGCUGCCGUUACAAAGUUCAAGAAGGUGAUUUCUCUGUUGGGGCGUACUAGAACUGGCCAUGCUCGUUUUAGAAGAGCUCCUCUGCCUUCUCUCCAAAAAACAGAGAACACCCAAGAACCAUUUCAAACAGAAAAAGAGAAAGAGAAGGAUACCCAGUCGUUUUCAAAGGUCUAUUGCCCGACACCGAUCCAACGGCUGCUGCCGCCUCCUCCUCCUCCCCUCCCUCUUCACCAUCACCACCAUCAAUUUCAGCAUCAUCAUAGCCAUCCGUUGCUUCCGAUCCAGAAGAACGGUGGGAUGGAGCAGGGGAAGUGUUUCACAUCGUCACCGCCAUCGGCAGCCAACUCGUUUGCAUCGUCGCUAACGGGCGAUGCCGAAAACAAGAAUUUGGGAUCGGCCGCAUCGGCAUCGGCUUUCCAGAUUGUUAAUUUGUCUCAGGUGUCAUCGUCGGCGGGCCGGCCGCCACUUUCGUCUUCUUCUUCAUUGAAGAGGAAGUGCGGAUCGAAAUCGGAGGAUGGAUCGGGGAAGUGCGGAGCGGGAUCUGGGCGAUGCCAUUGCUCGAAGAGAAGAAAAUCGAGGGUGAAGAGAAUGGUGAGAGUUCCAGCGAUCAGCUUGAAGAUGGCGGAUAUACCGCCAGAUGAUUUCUCAUGGAGGAAAUAUGGGCAGAAACCCAUCAAAGGAUCGCCACAUCCAAGAGGGUAUUACAAGUGCAGCAGCGUGAGGGGAUGUCCAGCACGGAAACACGUGGAACGAGCGGUGGAUGAUCCGUCGAUGCUGAUAGUAACGUACGAAGGCGAGCACAACCAUACUCAGUCCAUGUCCGAGGGCACGACUCUCGUUCUCGACUCUUCUUCUUAAAGGCUCGAGCCAAAAAGAGAAAAGAGGUGUGCCCUGUCGUCAGUCAUGCAACGGAAAGUGUUCUGUAGAGCAGCAGCAGCAGCAUUAUUUCAACAGGCCCAAGAAAAGAAGAGGGAUUGAGAUAGAGCUCUCAGCCUCAUCUCAGCUCCAAGAGAGAGAGAGAGAGAGGGGAAAUGAAAAAGAGAAAAGUAAGGAAAGAAAAAGGAAAAGAGGAAAAUAGGGUAUUGGGUUUUGUUCGUUUCCUGUAGAAUACGGGAUUCCUCUGUUUCUUGUUUGGCGAAAGAAGGACGAUGGAGUCUCCUUCUUUUGCUUUUUCUUUUUUUAUUUUAUUUUGGUGGCUUGUCUUGAA